AUGGACAAAGCUGAAACUCUACUCAAAGAGCAGCAGCUUAAGUGGGGGUCAGCAACUGAAACCUUUAGCAGACAACAACAGACCUCCCCAGUAAAUCUUAGGCGGAUCAUCACCCACCUGCUGACUCAGGGAAACGACCUCAGGCCCAUUUUCUCCUCUCCCCUGUCUCCAACCCACUGUGACAGUGAAACGCUGAUAAAUGGAUCCACAUUUGGUCUGAGUGCACCCCUGGGAUUGAGGGGGGCCAUGAGCAUGUUGCGUAGAAAAAGCAAUUUUUUUGUUUUCCUGGACAAUGCUCUUUCUGUCAAAGAGGAGAAGGAAGAGCAAACAGAAGAACAGCCCAAGCUGGGCCCUUUUGAGGAGUAUCUGCAGGGGCUCCUUCAGAUGAAGAUGACCAGUGCUGAUCAGUUUGACAACUUGGAGAAGCAUACACAGUGGGGAAUUGAAUUUGUGGAGAAGUACACCAAAUUUGUAAAGGAGCGAUCAGAGAUUGAAGCCAGCUAUGCAAAGCAAAUUAGGAACCUAUCAAAGAAAUAUCAGCCCAAGAAGAACUCAAAAGAAGAGGAAGAGAGCAAAUACUCCUUCUGUCGAGCCUUCCUGAUGACACUUAACGAGUUAAACGACUAUGCGGGUCAACACGAGGUUAUAUCAGAGAACUUGACGUCUCAAAUCAUCACCGAGCUAACUCGCUACCUGCAGGAUCUCAAGGCUGAGAGAAAAUCGCAUUUCCAUGAUGGGCGUAAGGCACAGCAGCACAUCGAAAGCUCAUGGAAGCAGCUGGAAUCAUGUAAAAGAAAGUUUGAGAGGGACUGCAAAGAGGCUGACCGAGCUCAGCAAUAUUUUGAGAAGAUGGAUGCUGACAUUAACGUGACUAAGGCUGAAGUGGAAAAGGCACGACAGCAGGCUCAGAUGAGGCACCAGAUGGCUACAGACAGUAAGGGCGAUUACUCCUCCUACCUGCAAAAAUUCAACCAGGAGCAGAAUGACCAUUACUACACAAUUAUUCCCAGUAUAUUUCAGAAACUUCAGGAUAUGGAGGAAAGAAGAAUCGAAAGAGUAGGACUAUGUAUGAAGACAUUCGCAGACGUGGACCGCCAAGUGCUGCCCAUCGUGGGGAAGUGUUUAGAUGGCAUGACCAAAGCUGCUGAGUCCAUCGAACCCAAGACUGACUCGCAGCAGGUGGUGGAGUCCUACAAGUCUGGCUUUGAGCCCCCAGGAGAUGUGGAGUUUGAGGACUACGGUCAGGCCAUGAAGAGGACAGUGUCUGAGAACAGCCUGUCCAACUCCAGAGAGGGCAAAGACAAACCUCCAGGCAGGAGCAAGGGCAAACUCUGGCCUUUCAUCAAGAACAAGAACAAGCUUAUGUCCCUGUUAACGUCCCCCCACCUGCCCCCACCUGCCCCCCCAGCCUCAUCCCCGCCCUCACCCUCUGCUGUUCCCAACGACCCCCAGUCUCCCAAGCAGCAGAAGGAGCCCCUCUCCCAUCGCCUCAACGACUUCAUGACCUCCAAACCCAAAAUGCACUGCCUCCGGAGCCUGAGGCGAGGGCAGCAAUCCCCACGCUCGCUCAUUUAUCACAAAGAGCUCAUGAAGAGGACUCUGGGUCGACCCACGUAUGCUUUCGAAGCAAGGCAAUAUGUUGUAAGUGUGCGCCUUUCUCUCAAGCUGAUCACACUCAAUUCCCACGUCCGGAGUCUCAUUGAGGGUUCCGGACCAGAGGACUUCAGUCACUUACCACCAGAGCAGAGGAGAAAGAAGCUGCAGGGCAAGAUCGACGACCUCAAUAAAGACAUUCAAAAAGAGAUGGACCAGAGGGAUGCUCUGACCAAGAUGAAAGAUGUAUAUGUGAAGAACCCUCAGAUGGGAGACCCUGCCAGCGUGGACCCUCGACUUGCAGAAAUUAGCCAAAACAUUGAGAAGCUCCGGUUUGAAGUGCAGAAAUUCGAGGGCUGGUUAGCAGAAGUUGAGGAGAGGAUGCCAUCUAAGAGUGACACACACCGGAGAAGUGGUCUCUAUGAGACCCAGAACAGCACAACAGUGAGCAACAACUGCGCACAGGACAGAGAGAGCCCGGAUGGCAGCUACACAGAGGAGCAGAAUUCAGAGGUUCAGGUCAAACCCAAACCCACCACCCCAGAAUUUGAUGAUGAGUUUGAUGAUGAGGAGACCCUACCCACUAUUGGCACCUGCAAAGCCUUGUAUCCAUUUGAAGGUCAAAAUGAGGGCACCAUCUCUGUAGCUGAGGGCGAGCUGCUGUAUGUCAUAGAAGAAGACAAAGGAGACGGCUGGACGCGAGUGCGGAGGAACGAGGACGAGGAGGGCUACGUCCCCACAUCUUACAUCGAAGUCCUUUUGGAACCAAACGCCAAAGGUGCUAUGACAUACAUAUAA